UCCUAGUGGGUCUUUAUUGUCCUGUUUGGAGCAGGUUAAAACAUACCUGUUGACUGAUGGAACAUGCAAGUGUGGUUUAGAAUGUCCUCUCAUCCUUCCUAAGGUAUUUAAUUUUGAUCCUGGAGUUGCUGUAACACAAAGAACAGCUGAAGAUGUUAAAGCAGAUGAAGAUGUCACUAAGCUAUGCAUCCAUAAACGGAAGAUUAUUGCUGUGGCUACCCUUCAUAAAAGCAUGGAAGCACCACAUCCCUCAUUGGUUCUAACUAGUCCUGGAGGUGGAACAAGCAUAAGUCCAAUAGUACCUUCACGAGCAGCAACUCCAAGAUCAAUGAGGAAUAAAUCACAUGAAGGAAUAACUAAUUCUGUGAUGCCAGAAUGUAAAACUCCUUUCAAGUUGAUGAUGGGAGCCUCAAAUGCCAUGGGUAGGUUAUAUGUGCAAGAGAUGACUGCAAGCCAACAAGAACUUCAUUCUGUCUAUCCUAGACAGAGAUUGGGCAAUAAUGAACACGGGCAGAAGUCGCCAUAUCGUGGCAGCCAUGGAGGAAUGCCUAGUCCAGCGUCAUCGGGAUCACAAAUAUAUGGAGAUGGUUCAAUCUCACCUAGGACAGAUCCACUUGGAAGUCCAGAUGUUUUCACAAGGAAUAAUUCCAAUUUUCAUGGAGCACCCAAUUCUAGCCCUGUUCACAUGAACAGGACCCCUCUCUCCCCACCCUCUGUUAUGUUACAUGGUUCUCCUGUGCAGUCAUCUUGUGCAAUGGCUGGAAGAACUAAUAUACCUCUUUCUCCAACUCUGACCACCAAAAGUCCAGUAAUGAAAAAACCCAUGUGUAAUUUUUCAGCUAAUAUGGAAAUGUCGCGAGCAGUGUUUCACCACAAACCACCUCAAGGCCCACCACCCCUACCGCCGCCCCCGCCACCACCACCACCUUCUUCAUGUAUACUUCAGAAAAAGCCAUUAACAUCAGAGAAAGAUCCACUUGGCAUUCUUGACCCCAUUCCCAGCAAGCCCAUGAAUCAAAAUCCUGUUAUAAUGAAUCCAAGUACUUACCAUUCAAAUGUCCACACUCAGGUACCUGUGAUGAAUGUAAGCAUGCCUCCAGCUGUUGUUCCUUUACCAAGUAAUCUCCCUUUGCCAACUGUAAAACCUGGUCACACAAACCAUGGUAGCCACAUGCAAAGAGUUCAGCACUCUGCUUCAACUUCUCUCUCGCCCUCACCAGUAACGUCACCGGUUCAUAUGAUGGGAUCUGGAAUUGGAAGGAUUGAGGCUUCCCCCCAAAGAUCACGCUCUUCUUCCACAUCAUCAGAUCAUGGAAAUUUCAUGAUGCCAGUAGGACCACAGUCAUCUUGUACUAAUAUUAAAGUCCCCCCUCGGUCACCAAGAUCAACAAUAGGAUCUCCUAGACCAUCCAUGCCAUCAAGCCCUUCCAUGAAGAUAGAUGGAUUCCACCAAUAUAAGGACAUUCCUAACUCACUGAUUGCUGGAAUGAGUAAUGUUUUGAACCCUUUGGGCAAUGCAGCUUUUCCACCUGCGUCUACUGGAAGUGGGUCCAUGAAGAGUCAACCUGGCUUGCUGGGAAUGCCUUUAAAUCAGAUCUUGAAUCAGCACAAUGCUGCCUCUUUUCCAGCUAGUAGUUUACUCUCAGCAGCAGCCAAAGCACAGCUAGCAAAUCAAAAUAAACUUGCUGGUAACAAUAACAAUAACAGCAGUAGCAAUCCUGGAAUAGUUGCCAGCAAUAGCAGCAAUGAUGGACAUAGCACUUUAAACCCCAUGUUUCCACCGACUGCCAAUGUGCUUCUACCAACAAAUGAAGGGCAGAGUGGUCGAGCAGCACUACGAGAUAAACUUAUGUCUCAACAAAAAGAUCCUUUGAGGAAAAGGAAACCCCCAACCACUACAGUGUUGAGUUUGCUUAGGCAAUCUCAGUUGGACAGCUCAGUUGGCGUUCCAAAAUCUGGGCCUGAUUUGAUAAGAAAGCAGAACCAGGGUUCAUUUCCCAUCACAUCGAUGUCUCAGCUACUUCAGUCCAUGAGCUGCCAAAGCUCUCAUAUGAGCAGCAAUAGUAUUUCUAGUUGUGGGAGCUCAAAUACUGUUUUGCCUUGCUCUGCGAACCAACUACAUUUUGCAGAUACUACUAUGACCUCGAGCACUCUUCCGAAUUCACUGGCACAGGAUUUACCUUUGAGAGGGGAAAGUAUGCACUGCCUGAAUUCAAACACUAAUUUUGGCCAUUGCACUAGUCCUGGCCCAAAUAACCAUCUUGCAGGCUUAAUAAAUCAGAUGCAGCCUGCUGGAAACUGUGGGGUGCUCAAUCAGUCGGGAAUGACUUUAGGAAAUUCAUUACAUCUGAAUCCAGCUCAUCCACGAAUCCAAGCACCUUCCACUAAAGUGAUACCAAACAGCAUUGUGAACAGCUGCAAUCAAACCAGUCCUGAAUCAGGAAGGACAGGUCCACCAUCAUCCACAGCUGUGGCUGGUACCUGUCAACCUGGCAUCACCAAGACAACAUCUGUUCUUCAAGAUGGUGUCAUUGUCACAACUGCAGCUGGAACACCACUACAUAGCCAACUCCCUCUUGGGAAUGACUUUCCUUUUGUUGGUCCUGAGCACACUCUGCAUUUUCCACAGAACAGCGCUUCAAGCAACAGUCUUCCGCACUCUUUGAAUCCUAACCUCUUUAGUUCGCUACCUAUCUCUUUGCCAGUCAAUCAGCAACAUCUCCUAAACCAGAAUCUAUUAAAUAUACUUCAGCCUUCAACAGGAGAAGGCAAGUCUGAGGUCAACCUCAAUCCUUUAGGUUUUCUCAACCCAAAUGUAAAUGCCGCUUUAGCUUUGCUCUCCGGUGAAGUGGAUGGGCAGGUGCUGCAACCUGUCCAUGUUCAGCUGCUAGCAGCUCUUCUUCAGAACCAAGCCCAAACAUCUGCCAUGUUCCCUUUAGCAUCUUUCAAUCUGUCCAUCUCAGAUCUGUUACAGCAACAGCAAAACGGUACUGUGCCCUCAGUAACACAGAUGACAGCCCCACUACCAGAUCAAUUGCUUAGCAGUCAGUCAGAUACCAACAGAGCUGAGACCCUGUUAACCAACCCCCUGGGAAACUCUUUCCCAAGCUUUUCAAGCACAGACACUGCUUCAAAUCCCCUGCUCCUCCCAGCUGUCACUGGGGCCUCAGGAUUCAUGACCUUGAAUCCCCAGCUGUUGGGAGGUGUUCUGAACUCUACAUCGGGCAGCACUGCUAACCAUCCAGAGGUUUCCAUAGCAAUCUCCUCCCAGGCUACCACUGGCACAGCCACUACAUCAUCAGCAGUGGCAGCACUGUCUGUCUCAACCCUUGGUGGGACAGCAGUGAUGUCAAUGGCAGAAACAUUGCUGAGCAUAUCUAAUAAUGCUGGGAAUACAUCUGGUCCAGCUAAACUCAACAAUAACUCUGUGGUGCCACAGCUACUUAACCCUCUACUGGGGACAGGUCUACUUGGUGAUGUGUCCUCGAUAAACACUACUCUUAAUAACCAUCAGCUCACUCAUCUACAGUCAUUGUUCAACAACAAUCAGAUGUUUCCAUCAAAUCAGCAACAGCAGCUUCUCCAAGGUUAUCAGAAUCUCCAAGGCUUCCAAGGGCAGCUUCCCGUUCCUGGACCUCCUAACAACCCAAAUCCUAUGGCUUGUCUGUUCCAGAAUUUUCAG